AUGUUUGUUAAACUAUCACAUCUAUUGUUAUCAAAGAUAUUGAAUGAAUUGGAAGAGAAUGAAGAUAGAAUUAGGUUUAGUUUAACUUGUAAAAGAUGGUAUAAUGAAAGAGAACACUAUUUUAGAUUUAAUGUUGAUUCAAUUAAAGGACCUGUCGAUGAUCAAUCAUAA